ACCAGCACCACCAUUUUUGCGACGGUGGAUUGCGGGUGUGAGGAUCUCGUUGUGAAUUGUUGCAAUAUAAUUGGACUUUCCGAAGUCGGAACAGGCCAGGCACCUAAGUGACAUCAAAUUUAUUGGGUGUCUCAGUUUGCUGUGAAACCACAACAUGAGUAACACAAGAGAUGAUGAGUAUGAUUAUUUGUUCAAAGUUGUUUUAAUUGGAGAUUCAGGUGUGGGAAAGAGUAACCUGCUGUCCCGUUUCACAAGAAAUGAGUUCAACCUGGAGUCCAAGUCUACCAUUGGUGUGGAGUUUGCGACCAGAAGUAUAUCGGUGGAUGGGAAGACAAUAAAGGCUCAAAUCUGGGAUACUGCUGGUCAGGAGCGGUAUCGGGCCAUCACAUCUGCCUACUACCGAGGAGCGGUGGGCGCGCUGCUAGUGUACGACAUUGCCAAGCACCUGACGUACGAGAACGUGGAGCGCUGGCUGCGGGAGCUGCGUGACCACGCUGACCAGAACAUCGUCAUCAUGCUCGUGGGUAACAAGUCGGACCUGCGACACCUGCGCGCGGUGCCGACGGACGAGGCCAAGGCGUUCGCCGAGCGCAACACGCUCAGCUUCAUCGAGACCUCGGCGCUGGACUCGACCAACGUGGAGACGGCCUUCCAGAACAUUCUCACAGAGAUCUACCGGAUCAUGUCGCAGAAGCAGAUUCCCGACCACGGCGACGACACGGCCCGCCCCUCGUCGGCCGGGCCCAUUGUGAUCGAGCCCACCGACGACUCUGGGCCCGUCAAGAAGCAGUGCUGCUAGACCGGCGCCCGCUGCGUCCCGCCCCGCCCCCUCCACACGCGCCACGGACGGCGCCGCCGCCCCAACACACCCUCUUUUUACAUGUAUUUAUUGGAGGCAAUUGUGAUAUAUUGCUGAGCGUUCGGCCUCACGCCGCAAAAGGGCUAAAAUUCUCCCGCUACUCCACACUGGGGACACGUGAGCGCGCGCGCGCCGCCAGGCUGCGAACUCGUCACUCUUGUUAUAUGCCCAUUCCGCCUCGAGGGGUUGCGUUUACUUGUGGUCGCAUAACCAGUCUUUUGUA